AUGCGCAAUACCAAGAUUUUAGCUGGUUCUUCUCAUCCUGAGCUUGCAGCUCUUGUUACCAAACGUCUCGGUACUCCUUUGUCCGAAUGUACUCUUCAAAAGUUUAGUAACAAGGAAACCAAUGUCGAAAUUCGUGUUUCUGUUCGUAACGAAGAUGUCUUUAUCAUUCAAUCUGGCUCCAACAACAUGAAUGACAACAUUAUCGAGCUUUGUAUCAUGAUCCAAGCUGCUCGUAUUGGUUCCGGUAAGCGUAUCACUGCCGUCCUUCCUUAUUUUCCCUACUGUAAGCAAAGUAAGCGUAAGGGUAGAACCAGUAUUACUGCUAAACUCGUUGCAAACAUGUUGGCUGUUGCUGGCGUUGAUCACAUUAUUACCAUGGAUCUUCACGCUUCACAAAUGCAAGGUUUCUUUCAACGUCCUGUUGAUAACUUGUAUGCUGAACCUGUUAUUGCUCGUUGGAUCACUCAAACUGUUCCCAAUUGGCAAAACGGUGUCAUUGUCUCAAAAAAUGCUGGUGGCGCUAAACGGGUUACCUCUUUGGCAGAUGCUCUUCGCCUUGAUUUUGCCUUGAUCCACAAGGAUCGUUCUCGUAUGGGACCUCAAGGACAAAACCGUCCUUACAGUGGCAUGCCCAAGUCUGGUGAAGGAGAAUCCAGUGUUCGUGUGUAUGAAGAAGAAGAGGAGAUUGUCAAUGACGAUGUUGAGGAUUUAACUGCUUCUAUUUCUUCAUUGAAUGAGGCUGGUGUCAAUGGUGAUGUUGUCAAUGCUGCAGUUACAGUUGUUGCUGAUAAAGAUGGUGAAAGUACAAUUACCCUAGUGGGUGAUGUUAGAGGCAAGGUUGCCUUCUUGACCGAUGAUAUCAUUGAUAGUGUCGGCACCUUUUUGGAUGCAGCAGAACAUUUGGUCAAAAAGUGUGAAGCUGAUAAAGUUUACAUUAUUGCCACCCAUGGUGUUUUGAGUGGAGAUGCCAUUCAAAAGAUUGAAGCUUGUGAUAGUGUAUACAAGCUGGUUGUCACCAACACCUUCCCUAUUCCCAAGGAAAAGAUGGAGCAAUCAUCCAAGUUGAUUGUCAUUGAUAUUUCCAAUACACUUGCAGAGGCAAUAAGAAGAACUCACAAUGGUGAAAGUGUCAGUUAUCUCUUCAAUCAUGCAGAGUAG